AUGGCUUGCGGGCGCUGCCCCCUGCUCUCCCGGGCCGUGCGCUGCACAGCCCGCCGGGCCGGCCUUGGCGGCCUUGGCCCCAGGCCACCGGAGGCUUGGAAGCACCAGGCAUACGCCUAUUUGAGGGAGGAGGCCGCAUUGGCACAGCGCCAGGCACGAGCCAUGAUGAGGCACGUCUGGUCGAACUACGAGCAGCGUGCUUUUGGGAAGGAUGAGCUGAAGCCCGUUUCUGGGCGUGGAACUGAUAGUUGGGGCGGACUGGGUCAGACUUUGGUGGAUUCGCUUGACACUCUUUGGCUCAUGGGCUUUCACGAGGAGUUCGAUCGGGCCGCCGAUUGGGCGGAGAGCCAUCUAGACUUCAACAAAAAUUUGAAUGUGAAUUAUUUCGAGACCUCGAUUCGUCAUUUGGGCGGCCUGGUCUCUGCCUUCGUUCUCAGCAGCCGGCCUGGCUUGCUUGGCAAGGCCAAUGACUUGGCCAUGAGGCUUGCUCCCAUUUUUCCGAGCCCCCAGGGUGCCAAGCAGGAGCUGUCCAUGUCCGACCUCAAUCCGGGUACCGGAAGGCUUCAGGACUGGUUCGACGGAGCCAAGCGCUUUCUGCACCAAGUCUUUACCGACACCAGCGAUUUCUCUGGAGAGUUGGACUUCGAUCUGGGCGACCUGGUCGAGGAUCCAUCUGGACAUUUCACAAACGACGAGAAGAGGGCGAAGAAGGAUCACACGGCCCUUCCCCUUUCCGAUGUGAACUUACAGACAGGCAAAACGAACGAUCUUGCAGGAUACCUCUCCUUAGCUGAGACUUAUGUGCCGCUGGAGUGGAAAGCUCUGGCGCUUCUUACAUCUAACUGCAGCUAUGCAGUGCACCAAGACCAGGUCCUUCAUGUUCUGAACGAAAGCGCUGGCCUUGAAACGAGGGGCUAUGCUGCGAUUCUUUUGAAGAAGAAUGGCUACGUCCAUGGGAUGCAGGACAAUCGCAUUUCACUUGGAAGCCGUGGCGACUCUUUCUACGAGUACUUGCUCAAGGAUGCUAUCUUCUUGGGAGCCCAUGCAAAUCCACUAACGCUGAGCGUAUGGGGUGCCUUUCGUGCCAAGCUGCGCAAUCUUCUGGUGGAGGUCGACAUGCCCAGGUCUCCUGAUGCAGCUUUUGGAAGGCUUUCAGUGUCUAGUAGCCCCUGCUCUCUGUCAGGCAGGCUCGCAAGCAAAACCGAAAAGGCAUGA